AUGGUAUAUGUGUUGUUCUUUUUCCUCAGGAAAGGCAAAAAUUUCAAAGAUCAUCUGGAAUUCCUUUUACAAGGAGUGACUGAAUUUGACAUCCAAGGCAAGGUUCUACCAUCUGAAAUAUUCGAGCAUGGAUCGUCAGCAUUUCCUAUUGGACUCACCCCAGAUGGAAAGACAUUCCUUGCUGGAGCGUGCUAUAGCCAGGGCAGAGUAAUUGUUGCUGGCCAUGAAGCCUACCUAGGUAGUGAGUCAUUGUCCACUUUCAUGAUCAAUGCUGUGCAAUGGCUUGAUAAAGGACGUAAAGGAGUUAUCGGUGUCUUACCUGAACUUAAAGACACAUAUGGGCUUCUGAGCAAGUCAGGGCUACAGUGUCAGUUGACUGGGUUUAAGGAAGACCUGAGUGUCUUUGUCUGCACCUCCUACAACGAUGCUCAGUGUAAUGAGAUCCAGGAAUUUGUUGCUGGUGGUGGUGGUCUCUUGAUAGGUGGACAGGCUUGGUCGUGGGCUUAUCAAAAUCCUGGCCUCAAUGUGAUGACUGAAUGCCCUGGAAAUCGUAUUCUUGGAAAAAUGGGGUUGUGCCUCUUAGAUAAAACUGUAGAGGCUGAGUUGUACAAGGCUCCACAUGUUUUCCAAGAUGACAUAGAAUUCCUUUUACAAGGCAUAUCUGAGUUUGACAUCCAAGGCAAGGUUGUACCAUCUGAGGUUUUGGUGCAUGGUCCUUUAGCAUUCCCUAUCGGACUCACUCCAGAUAGAAAGGCAUUCCUAGCGGGAACAUAUUUUGGACAGGGACAAGUUAUUGUGGCCAGCCACAAAACGUACCUAAGCCAUGAAUCACUGUCCACUUUCAUGAUCAAUGCUGUUCAGUGGCUUGAUAAAGGGCGUAAUGGGCUUAUCGGAGUGUUACCGGAACUUAAAGAGGCCUACUACUUGCUGAACAAGUCAGGGCUACAGUGUCAGUUGACUGGCUUUAGGAAAGACCUGAGUGUCUUUGUCUGUACAUCAUACAAUGAUGCUCAGUGUAGAGAGAUCCAGGAAUUUGUUGCUGGUGGUGGUGGGCUCCUGAUUGGUGGACAAGCUUGGUCGUGGGCCCAUUCCAACCCUGGCUGUAAUGUGAAGAUAGAUUUCCCUGGAAAUCGCAUCCUGGGUAAGAUGGGAUUGUAUCUCAUUGGUUCAACCGUGAAAGCUGGGCUGUACAAGGCCCCACGGCUUUUCAACUAUGCUCUAGAAUUCCUUUUACAAGGAGUUUCUGAAUUAGACAUCCAAGGCAAGGCUGUACCAUCUGAGGUAUUGGUGCAUGGUCCUUUAGCAUUCCCUAUUGGAUUCACCACAGAUGAAAAGGCAUUUCUUGCUGGGGCAUACUAUGGAAAGGGACGUGUAAUUGUGGCCAGCCAUGAAGCCUACCUAGGCUGUGAGUCCCUGUCCACAUUCAUGAUCAAUGCUGUCUACUGGCUUGAUAAAAAACCUAAUGGGGUUAUUGGAGUUGUACCUGAACUUAAGGAGGUCUACAGCCUGCUGAAUAAGUCAGGACUACAGUGUCAGUUGACUGGGUUUAAGGAAGACCUAAGUGUCUUUGUCUGCACCUCAUACAGUGAUGCUCAGUCUAAAGAGAUCCACGAGUUUGUUACUGGUGGUGGUGGUCUUCUGAUAGGUGGACAAGCUUGGUCAUGGGCCCAUUCCAACCCUGGCCGUAAUGUGAAGAUAGAUUUCCCUGGUAAUCGCAUCCUUGAUAAAAUGGGACUCUGUCUCUUGGACAAAACUCUGACUGCUGGUGUGUACAAGGCUCCUCAGGUGAAGCAACAUGGCAUUAGCUCUACACAGAUGUAUGAUUUCCAGGAUUUGCUGCAGCAUUUUGCUCAACAUGUGCUUCAGGGCAAGCAGCUGGAAGAUUAUAAACAGCAGUUUCUGAAGAAGCUUGGCAAUGACUGUGUCAGUUAUCUCCGUAUGCAGGCAUACAACUGUGACAUGUACAAAUCAGUAGUUGUACUCCUCACAGACAUGAUAAAGGCAGGGUUUCCACAGGUGUCUCCUACACGUCCUGUAGAAAGUGCAAAGGAUCACCUGCUACUCCAGGUGGGGACUGAGUUGUUCAGGCUCUCUAAAGACACCAGUGAACUUCUGUCAUACCUCAUCGCAGACAUACCUAAUCUGCCAUCUGUGUCAGAUGCAAGAGUCUGGAUCAGUGCUAGCACAGCAGAUGAUAAAGAAUGGAUAAGCACAGGCCUCUAUCUUUCUCCUGGAAUGAAGACUAAAAUUACAGUGCCCAGGACAAUCGUAGGCAAGGGUUGGCAGGUGCAGAUUGGCUGUCAAACAGAUGACUUAAACAAGGCAGAUAAACUGAAACGAGCUCCAGUGGUCUUUGUUCGUUACCCUUUGGAAAAAGAGAAUCUGCAAGUUUGGAAUCUGUGGGGAGGGCUCAUAUACCUGAUCGCACCCCCUAGGAGCACAGCACAUAAGAUGGAGGUUGUCAUACAGACAGCCAUAAAAGCGCCGUACUACAAGUCUGGAGAGACCAGCGUAUCUGACUGGGUAGCUAAGAUCCGUAAAGCACCAGCACCUUGGGCAGAGCUGGAGUUUGAGAACCUCAUCAUCACCUUGCCAUCAGAGCAGAUACGGCAAUUGGACCAUCCAGACAAAGUGGCCGCUCUCUGGGAUUCCAUAAUGAGGGGCGUAGCUGAUUUGGCCGCUAAGCCUGCAAAGUUUUCCCGCAAGGAACGCUUCGUUGCUGAUGUUCAGAUCUCGGCUGGCUUCAUGCAUUCAGGUUACCCCAUUAUGAUGCAGACUCAGAGUGCCACAGACUUGGUGAAUCCAUAUGUUGCCGGUAAAAGUGAUCUUUGGGGACAUCUUCACGAACUGGGCCAUAAUCAGCAAUGCUCAAAGUGGGAGUUCCCACCACAUACUGUCGAGUGUACCUGUAACCUGUGGCCUGUGUACGUACAUGAGGUGGUGCUGGGUGUGAACAGGGCAAAUGCUCAUGGGGCCAUGGCAGCGGAUAAACGACUGAGCCGAAUAAAGAAAUACAUCACAGAAGGCAGGCGUCUGGAGAACUGGAACAUCUGGACAGCACUGGAGACUUACUUGCAGCUGCAAGAAAAGUUUGGCUGGGACGCCUUCAAGAAAGUCUUUGCUGCUUACCGUGACAUGAAUAACAUACCAAAAGACAACAGUGGCAAGAUGAACCUGUACGCUGAAACCUUCUCCAAGGUGGUAGGGAGGAAUCUGGUCUCCUUCUUCAAAGCCUGGGGCUGGCCCAUCCAGCCCAGCACUGAGGAGAAGCUGUCCAGCCUGCCUAAAUGGACUGACCAUCCUCUGGUCCAGUAUGAGUAGCUAAAACAACCAUGUUUCAUAGAGAAUAUUUUCUGUCUCAGAUUAUAAACAUUUUAUGGUUUGGAUAGUCUUCAGAGAUCAUUUACAUUCAUUUUAAAAUGAUGGUUUUUGAAAAUGCUAAAAAGCUUCUUUAUAAAUACUGAAGUUCCUGCUAAAGCCUGAGUAGACCGAUAAAUCACUCUAAUGACAUUCAGUGUCACUCCUUUGAGGGAUGAUGGAACUGAAGUGUUCUCCCUGAACAUGUUCAUGAGUGAUAAGCUUAGCAUUGGUGUUGUACUGGCUGCGUGUUGUGGCAAGUUAAAUACAUGUACAUACAUACAUUACCAGAAUAUCUCAUGGUUAGCCACUUUAUAGUGAAAUUUGCAAAAUUUCUUAUUAGGAUGUGGCAAAUCGUUUGCUUUAUUCAUGAAACAGCAGUGGGAUUUUUGGAGCAGUGGACUGAAGCGGGCAGUGAGAACCAAAAUAACAUUGAGAAGUUUGCAACUUAAUUUUAAUAAAACAUACUAACAGAAGAAUUACAUGACAACCAGUAAUAGUGAGGAUUUAAGUGUGAAGUGUUAAGUGUGAGUUUUUCCCAUGUGCCCUGUGAAUAUAUAUUCUAAAUGUAUUGUAAAUGAAUUGUGAAUAUGUUACUUUUUAUGUAUUGUAAUGGAAUAUGUUCCUGAACACAUU